AUUUAACUUAGAAUAAGAGAGCAUAGAUGGAUAUCAUAAGUUAUAGAAACGCAGACAGAUCUUCAGGAAUAUGUUUCCAUCUUCGACAUGUAGAUUUUUCAAAUACAUCCUUAGACACAGCUUCAGGGAUCAUGCAAGCUCACAUCAAUGAGGUGCUUGAAUAUCUAAAUUCAAAAAAGGAAAUAGAAGAAUUUACAGUUGGAAAGACUCAUACAAGGUCGAAAAAUAAUUGGUACUUCCCAGUCGAUAACAUUAAUUCUUGGAACCUGUCGGGAAUUCGUUCGGCUUGGAGGAGAUUUAGGGACACUGGGUUUCAUAAUCUUAUUGUCGUGUCUGUCAUAGAUGAGCAUCAGAUUCCUUUGCUGAAUGCAUUAUGGCCAAGCAAUGACACUGAAGAUUUCACAAUUGCACUGAAACAGAAAUUGAUCCACUAUUACAAAAUCGUCAAGAAAGACAAAAGACUACGAAAUCAAAACUUUGGAGAAGGAGCAAGAAAAGUUCACUCCCAUCAUGGCGUGUUGUUCAUUGCCGUCAAGUAUAAAGAACCAGUGGAGGAUCCGUCUAACUGGUGGCGCGACCUUCUGUGGUGUUGUGGAAUCCUUCUCUCUAUUGUGUUCGGGGUUAUAGAAAUUAUGUUUUUCUUCCUGAAAUUGUGCAUCGGAAAACAGAAAAAAUCUCGAAGGAAAAAGUAAAUAACGUGGCUUUUUCAAAAUAACUAUUUUGUCAAAAAUUAUUUAUCUGAAAAUAAAGAAAUAAAUAGACCUUU